CUUCUUGAACCACUUGGUUUUCUUUCCUCCUUCUAAAAAGUAUAAAAUAGAUAAUACUCUUAUAUUUAAUGGUUGGAAAAAUGCUUAUUUUCAAGAAAUUUUAAAAAAUAUUUUAAUUACUAGCAAAGGAAAAGUUUUAGUAUAUAGCCCUAAAGAUAUUUCAGUAAAAGAUGCAUCAACAAAAGCUGUUAGUGCUGUUGUAUAUUUUACUGAUAGUAGACAUUCUCAUUAG